AUGAUCAUUUCAAACAAUAUCAACAGUAACAUUAACAAUAACAAUAACAAUAACUUCACUUAUAGCAAUAACAAUAUUAAUUAUAAUAAUAAUAAUAAUAACAAUAAUAACAAUAAUUACUAUAACAAUAGUUUUUUUAAUUUAAAUCAUCCAUUUAUUAGUUAUUUGGAGAGUCAAGAUAUGGAGAUCGAAUAUCUUUCUCAGCAGAUAUUGCUACUAAACCAACAAACACUACAAAUGCGACCAACGAACCAACAACAACAAUAUCAACAUCAACAGCAGCAACAACUCAAAUUACAUAUCAAAUUCAAACAAGGUGGUGAAAAGAUACAAAAGACAAAUGAAACUGACAUUGUAGAGAUCGAUGAUGCAUUGACGAUCUUUUGCAAUAGUAGAUUCAACUACGAGACAUUGAAUCCACUUGCAGGUCUCCAACCACCAACAGUUCCUACCGAUGAUACAGCUCCAUCUCAAGCAAUGAAGAGAACUAGGGGUAGACCAUCAAACAAGGCCGGUCUCCAAGCUCCACCAAAUCCAGUAGCCGGUGCCCAAGCUCAACCAAAUCCAGUAGUCGGUGCCCAAGCUCAACCAAAUCCAGUAGUCGGUGCCCAAGCUCCACCAAAUCCAGUAGUCGGUGCCCAAGCUCAACCAAAUCCAGUAGUCGGUGCCCAAGCUCAACCAAAUCAAGUAGCCGGUCUCCAAGCUCCACCAAAUCCACUUGCCGCCGGUUUCCAACCAAAUGGUGAUGUAACGCUGCUGUCUGUAAUUAUGAAUGAAGUCAACGUUGUACCACCGGUUGGCUCGGCAAGCAACCCGUUUCCAACUCCGAUGUUGAUCAUUCCUACGGUGAAGGAACAGGCCAAGCAACACAAAAACUACUUCUUAUUUAAAAACCAAUUAGAAGUCAAUCUUCCACGUGUCCAGUCCAAAGAAGUGUCUGCGCCACAAGCCAAGGCUAUAAGUUUGCUUACAGACCAGGAGAUCCACGGUGAACUCGACAAGAUAGCCAAAGAAGAACAACUCCUUGGAAAGAGGAAAUCGGAACUCUUUGAAGUCAUGGAGAAACGUAAAGUGGUUUCCAAGGUGGUGUUGCCUGAUGUCUUUGAUAGAAUGUCAGAUGAUGAAUUAUUGUUUUACCUCUCCCAAAGAAAGAAAUCAACUACAACUACUACUACCACAACAACAACUACUACAACUACCACCACAAAUAACAACAAUAACAGUAACAACAAUAAUGAUAAUAACAAUAACUAUACCAAUAAUAAUAAUAAUGAUAAUAACAAUAACUAUACCAAUAAUAAUAAUAAUAAUUAUGUUACAGCUUUAGAAUAUAAUACAGUGUUCGACUCUUUGGCUAAAACAUGA